AUGUUGCCAAUUACCGUGGUACUAGGAGCAGCUAUUGCUGUUCUGCUUCUUUCGCGCGUUCUCAGAAUCGGACGUCGACCAAAGAACUACCCCCCGGGUCCUCCAACAUGGCCCAUUUUGGGGAACAUUCAUCAAAUGCCCUCUCAAGAUGCUCAUCUUCAAUUUGAAAAAUGGGCACGUGAAUAUGGCCCAAUCUACAGUUUGAUGCUAGGCACCAAGUGUCUGAUUGUGCUGUCCAGUGAUGAGGCGGUCAAAGAGCUUUUGGAUAAAAGAAGUGGUAUAUAUUCGCACCGGCCAGAGCUGUAUAUUGGCCAGAUUCUGUGCAGCGGUGACCUCAGAAUGUUGAUGAUGGGCUAUGGACCAACAUGGCGCGGGUUUCGCAAAAUGGUGCAUGGCUUGCUCAACGUUACGACAUCCAAGAAAUAUCUACCCUACCAAAUGUUGGAGAAUCGGCAAAUGCUAUAUCAGCUUCUGACAGAGCCAGAAGGAUUCCUGAAACACAUUCGACGAUACUCCAACGCCCUUACGACCACAAUGGUUUUCGGAUGGCGCACGCCUACAUACGAAGACGAGAAAAUGAUGCAAUUGUUCAACGGCUUCUCGGAAUUUGCAGAUCUUAACCAGACCGGAACAGCAGCGAUCAUUGACUUCUUCCCGUGGUUGCGGAAACUACCCGAAUUUCUUCUCCCAGCACAACAGAAAGCAAAAGACCUCCACAAAAACGAGAAAGCGUUGUAUCUGAGCCAUUGGUUGCGAGCAAAGGAAGAGGUUCAACAGAACACAAUCAAGCCAUGCUUCUGCGCAGGAAUGUACAAGGCGCAGAAAGAAGACGGUUUCAGCGACGAUCAAGCAGCUUACAUCUCUGGAACUCUCCUGGAAGCCGGCUCAGACACUACAUCAAGCACAUUAUACGCCUUCGUUCAAGCCAUGCUACUGUUCCCAGAUGUUCAGCGCAGAGCCCAAGAAGAGAUCGAAAGGGUGGUAGGUUCGGGUCGCCUACCCAUCAUGGACGACCUGUCGGAACUACAGUAUGUAAGGGGCUGCAUGAAAGAAACAGUCCGAUGGAUGCCGACAACCAUCCUUGGAGCUGUUCCACACGCUGUCACACAAGACGACGAGUACAAAGGGUACUUUAUACCAAAGGGCGCUGGCGUGAUGAACAACGUCUGGGGCAUCCACAUGGACCCAGCUCGUCAUCCCAGCCCGCGAACAUUCAAUCCCGAUCGGUACCACGACGACUACCAAAGCUUCGGAGAGGCAGCGGCAAAUCCCGAUCCGUCAAAGCGGGAUGUGUUCACCUUCGGUGCGGGCCGUCGUAUAUGUCCCGGCAUCCACGUUGCCGAGCGCAGUCUGUUCCUUGGCAUGUCGCGCAUUCUGUGGGCGUUCAAUAUCACGCCGGAAACUGAUGCUGCGGGAAUUCCGAUUUUACCUGAUCCUGAUCGCUUGACGCAAGGGUUUGUAUGUAUGCCUGAAGAGUUCCCGGCGAGGAUUACGCCAAGAUCAAAGGAGAGGGCGGAUUUGGUCAUGAGCGAGUGGAAACAGGCGGAGAAAGAGUGUCUCGAUCCUAAGACCAGACAGUGGGUGCAGUCACCUGUGGAAGUAUGA